AUGACAGAGGAGGCCCCCCUCCAGGAUCCAGCUUAUGAAGAGGAGGAGUUAGAAGCAUCUACAUUGCCCAGUUGUGUCAUUAGGAGGAUUCUCACGGACCAAGCACGAACCGCCAAUUCAGAUGAGCAAUGGCUACGCACAAGUAUUUUUCAUACUCGGGUUGAAUUUGGUACAGGAGCUCUAGAUGUCAUUAUUGAUAGUGGGAGUGGAAUGAAUGUGGUGGCUGAAGAUCUUGUGAACCGGAUGAGACUUAAAACGACUAAGCAUCCGACGCCCUAUCGUGUUAGUUGGGUGAAUGAUACGUCGAUACCCGUCAAGCUCCAAUGUUUACUCUCUUUUUCUCUAGGCCGGUAUAAAGAUUCAGUGUGCUGUGAUGUUCUCCCGAUGACAACUUGUCAACUUCUCCUUGGCCGGCCUUGGCUCUAUGAUCACGAUGUAUCAUACCAAGGGAGAGCUAACACGUAUUCCUUCAUUGAUAAGGGAUGCCGCAUCACUCUCAAACCUAUGAGACCAGAUAGCCUUAAAAUUCCCAGCAAUCCUGUCUCAUGUCCACCUAAAGAGCCUUGUCCUACUAAACCACAAGUCCUUACUAUGACCCAAUUUGAUGAAGCAUGUCAAGAAACUCAGUUGUGCCUCCUUGUGUUGGUCCAACCAGCCCAAUCCAAAAACACCAUUGACUUACCCCUUGACCCAGAAUUAUCCCAGCUUCUAAAAGAGCACGCUCACAUUAUGCCCAAGGACCUACCUGAUCACCUACCUCCCAUGCGUUCUAUCCAACAUGCCAUUGACAUUAUCCCUGGAUCCAGCUUACCCAACCUUCCCUCAUACAGGAUGAAUCCUAAGGAACAUGAUGAAUUACGACGGCAAGUGGAAGGUCUCCUGUCCAAAGGUUUUAUUAGGGAAAGUACUAGCCCUUGCGCCGUGCCCGCGCUCCUCACUCCCAAGAAAGAUGGCACGUGGCGCAUGUGUGUGGAUAGUCGGGCAAUCAACAAGCUCACUAUCAAAUAUCGGUUUCCUAUUCCUCGUAUUGAUGAUCUCACGGACCAGCUAUGUGGCGCACAAGUGUUUUCCAAGAUUGACCUUAAAAGUGGCUAUCAUCAAGUCUGA